AUGACUCGGGAAGGGGUUCAAUCGCUUCUCUCAGACCUGGAAAGCAGAAUUGGUGCCAGAAGCGUCUUCGUUGAAAUACGGGGAUGUCCUGCCGUGCUCAAAACUGGGCUAAGGGCGGGCAAAAAAUGUUUAAAAGCUGUCCUUGCCACAGGCGAUAAUCGAUUGGAGGCGAAAAGGAUCCGAACGUACCUGGAAACCUUGGUCGAGGUUACUGACAAGGAUUUGCUGCUGCAAAAUGUAGGAAACUACAUCUCAAUCAGUUUCUGCUCCCUUCACAUCAAAAGAGCAUCAUCGGAGCAAGAAUGGAAGAAUUGGGUGAAACUCGUUCACGCAUAUACCUCUACUACCUCCGUCACUGAGGCCGGCCUUGCGCCCGAGAUUAUCGUGGUUUCGGAUGAUGAUGCAGAGAGCAGCGGCAUCCAACAGGACGAUAUCUUUGAUGGAGACUUCAGUUUCGACACCUCAACUCCGGAUACAACAGUCGACAUAGAUGAUCUGGAAAAGACAGUCGCGACAUUGAACGUGCAGGAUAAUCGCGCAUCGUCUCCAGCUGUCAACCCUACCGAACCGAGCCCCGACGAUGGCGCAACUGCAGACAUAGCGGACGGGCUGAGGAAGCUAGAUCUCGCCCGGCAAACACCACCGCCAUCCGGCACAAGUAAUACUAUACAUACGGUUGGAAGGGCCGGUGGCGCCGGCGCCAUUCCCUCCGCCGGCCUCACAAACCAAGACGAAGGAGAUUGGGACUUGCGCGACAUGGGCAUCGCCGCAUUCCGGCGCGCAGGCACCCCGCGCGACAAUUCGGUCCUACAUCACAAGUUUUAUGAAGCUUUCAAGAGUAAGGACAAGUACGAAGGUAUCGUGUACGUCUUUAAGAAAAUCGGCCGGGACGACCGAUUCAAGGUCGGGUAUAGUGGUAACUCGGGAAACGCCCGAAAGAAACAACCCAACAACUGCUACGCCGCCGGCACGGAGAUUAUCCACGAAACUGAAGGAGGGCGCUUCGUCGGCGCGCACCGCGUCGAGGGCCUCGUACACGCUAUGCUCAGACACUGCAACAUCAAGUUCAUCAAGUGCAACGGCAAAGACGACAAGGGAAACGACUGCACCGCCAAGCACCGCGAGUGGUUUGCGACGGACCAGGCAACUGUGGUUGGCAUUACGCGCGCAAUGGAGCGUUUCGUGCGGGAGGGCGGCUACGAGAGGAGGGAGACAGGAAACUUCCACGUUUCAGAAGCCGGGGACAAAGUGGUUAAGAAGCUGUUAGGUGAUUGCAAGCUCGCGACGCUUCAGAGAGCGCUGGAUGUGAUGGAAGCGCGACGACGAACAAUUCCGUAA